AUGUCGAAACAGCUGCCCUUCAGCACCGUGGAGGUUAAGCCCCAUAAGCGCUUCUCGGCUCGCAACCUGGCAUUGGUAAUAGCCAGUGCUGGUCUGUUGGCCACGAGUUACAAUUUUUCUCACCGUUCGUGGUCGCUCGGGGACCAAAAGCUUCUCGCGUCGGAUCAAAGUGCAUGGAAUGACGCGGACAACCCCGCCCGCGUGAAAACCUUCCAACAAUGUGCAAUCAACAAUCUUCUCGAAACGGGCCUUCCAUUCAUGAAAAAUGUCGCGCCCAUCGCAGUUACAGACUUUGAAGAGCGACGGGAUCGCUUGGCGCAAGCACUGGUCGCCGAGGGAGCCGAUGCAUUUGUGGUGGAACCGGGAUAUACAUUCAAGUACUAUGGCAACGUGAGCCAGCCCGAGUGGGAAGUGUGGGAGCCGGAAGAGCGUCCUUUUCUGAUGGUGAUACACCCAUUCCACGAUGAGGCCACGGGCAACAUCAAGGCUAACACCACCUUCCUCUGUCCGUCUUUUGAGGCCGAACGUGCCCGUCUACUUGGAAUGCCGUUUUCCGAGGAAAUCUCAAUCGUUCUGUGGGAGGAGCACUGGGAUCCGUACACUACUCUCUGGCAAUCAGAUGUAUUCUUGCCCCUCCAUCGGCCAGCACGCCUGAUGGUGGAUGAAGAAAUGCGAGACUUCAUUCAGCGUGGACUUGGAGCUGCGGGAUUUGAAAUAGUCGGUCUACAGGGCCAGGUUGAGGAAGUUCGACAGAUCAAAACCGCUCGAGAGGUUGAAAUUCUACGCGCAGUCAAUACCGGAACCGUCGAGGCGGUGCGACAGAUGAGAAAAUGUCUCUACCCAGGAUUGACUGAAAAUGAAAUAGCUGCUGCCCUCGACGAUGCUCUUCGAGCCGCCGGGUUGGAUCCAUUUUUCGACAUCGUGCUUUUUGAUGAGAAUGCAUCUAACCCGCAUGGUGGAACCAAUGGGUCUAAAGUUUUGGAAGCCGAGACCUUUGUCUUGAUCGAUGUCGGUGCGCAUCUCUAUGGAUACUCGUCGGAUAUUUGCCGCACUUUCUUCCCUCCGUUCUUGCAGAAGCCUUCCAAAGACAAUGUCCUUUCACCACGCAUGAGUGAGAAGCUGAAGGUUUGGGAUAUUGUUUUCGAGGCGCAAACUCGCUCAAUUGAUCAAAUGCGCGAGAAUAUGACAGCGGCCAGUGUAGAUAUUGCUGCACGCGACGUGAUCAGCCAGGCUGGAUAUGGGGAUGCCUUUACGCAUCGCGUGGGACAUGGUAUUGGGAUUAAAGCCCAUGAAAGCCCGUACAUGAACCAGGGGAAUACAGCGAGCUUGUUAAAGACCGGCAUGGCUUUCACGUCGGAGCCUGGAAUCUAUUUGGUGGAUAAAUUCGGGGUGAGACAUGAAGAUGUGCUUCUUGUUCAGGGGGACGGAACCCCCCAGCUUCUCACAGGAACUCGAGCCCGGGGCCCCUGGGAACCAUGA